UCUCGGGCCACACUUCUACCCUGACCUUACAUCAGACACAGACACACACACACACUCGGAGACGAAUCUGCUCCUGCACACAUUCGACAUGGACGUGCACAGAGUUCCCAGCACUCACGCUCAAAUGGAUUAUAACUUGGACAACAUGGGGCCCAAACACGGCAAGGCGCUGCCGUGCCAGGAGGAUCGCUUAGACAGCGGCCUGGACUCCCUGAAGGAGGACGAGCUCGUGAGCGACUUUGAGAUCCUGGACAUGAACGCGCCGGAACGCGCGCAGAGGGAUUACGAGCCGUGGAGGAGUGCAGUGACCGAGGAUGGUGACACGCCUCUACACUUGUCCAUCAUUCACGAAGCCACAGAUUAUGCCCUCCAGAUGAUCAAGCUCUCCCACAAUCACCCAUUCCUCAACCUGCAGAACCACCAGAGACAGACCGCUCUCCAUCUAGCAGUGAUCACAGAGCAGCCACAGUUGGUGGAGAAGCUGCUGAGGGCCGGCUGCGACCCGCGGCUCACGGACAACUGCGGCAACACGGCUCUGCACAUCGCCUGCAAGAGAGGCUCCCUCACCUGCUUCAGCGUCAUUACUCAGACCUGCCAACGCCACCUGACCUCCAUCAUGUCCUUCCCCAACUACAGUGGACACAAUUGUCUCCACUUGGCGUCAAUUAACGGCUACAUCUCAUUGGUGGAGAACCUGGUGAAGCUGGGCGCAGACAUCAACGCACAGGAACAAUGCAGCGGUCGCACGGCACUUCACUUGGCAGUGGAUCUCCAGAACUCCACGCUGGUGCGCUGUCUCCUCGACCUCGGCGCCAACGUCAACUGCAUGAACUACGGCGGCUUCACGGCGUACCACCUCACCUACGGGCGCCAGAGCGAAGAGAUCCGGUGCCAGUUGUUUGACAAGACGGCACAGGAGCUGAGGGAGCUGCCCGAAAGCGAAUCAGAUGACAGUGACAUGGAGGAUCUGGACCUGUCGGAAGAUGAGCUUUACGACGACAUAAAGUUUGGAAAAUAAACAGAAGCACUCUUCUACUGAUGAAUCGGUGACAGUGAAGCUGCUGCUGGGUUGCCUACGGCCCCACAAUGAGGGACCAGUCAGUGUCCGUCCCCCCGUCCAGGUCCAAGUCACAGGCGCUGGCCCCCGGGAUCACUAACACAAAUGAAGAUGGCGUCUAGUCCGGUCAAAGCCGGUCCAAGUCACAGAAAGUCUGUGCCGAGAACCACAUACCAGCAAGACCACGACCUCCAUGUAGUCUUUUCUCUACUCUGUAAAAAAAUGAAUAUAUAUAUAUAUACAGUAUAUAUAUAUAUAGAUGUGUACAUAUUGGACUUGUAAUAUAUUGUAAAUGCAGAGAUAUUAUUUUUGUACCUGUACAUGUGCUCAUGUUGUGUGAAUUGAACUAUUUACAUAAGAAAAAUGCUCAGAAUAAAAAAGAAGUCUAUGAAUAUAAA